AUGGAUUGGCAGGGGCAGAAGCUGUCGGAGAUGUUGAUGCAGGUUAUGCUUGUGGCAUUUGCUGUCGGGGCCUUUGGCACGGGCUACGCCCUCGGUUCUUUCCAGACGAUGCUUCUGGUGUACGCCGGAGGCGUCGUCCUCACGACGCUGGUGACCGUCCCUAACUGGCCUUUCUACAAUCGUCACCCUCUCAAGUGGCUGGAUCCGGCCGAAGCCGAGCGCCACCCGAGGCCAAAGCCGCAGCCGGCUGCCCCCUCGAAGAAGAAACCAGUGAAGAGCCACCAGAAGUAG